AUGAAAUUCUGCCUUCAAAAAGAAAACAAAACACUAACUGAAACAUUUGAAGAUGAUUUUCCGUUUUUGAAUGAAAUUUUUCUGCAAAAAAAUCCAGAUUUUCUAUUAAUUUAUAAUGGUACCUUUAAAGGCAAUAUUUUAAUACUUUUACCAGCGAAUUUUGAAUUAAAAACACAAUUAAAGCAACAACCAAGUCACCACAGACUAGAUAUAUAUUACCUAAGCGAGAUAUGUGCAGGUUCAGUAACACUUUCAAAGGAAAAAUAUGAUUAUUUUUUUCUCGUAUCCACUGAACCAGAAAGCCUUGAUCAGUUUAUUCUAGCACUCGGUUUACUUUUCAUGUCAAUGAAACAAGGAAAAGGAGGGCGUUUUCAUAUACCAGAGUCACAAAAAAAGCAUAACAUUCAUCAAGAAGCCAUUUUACAAGGCUGGUAUGUAGAUUAUCAAAAUGAAGAAAUAGUACUCACUCGGCCGGUAAUGAUUCAAAAUGCAGUACCCCUUCUAAGAAAAAAUGCAAAUAUUAAGAAAAACCAAUAUAAUAUAGAAUUCGACGACACAGUCGAGCUAAUUGACGAAGAUAGUCUUCUGGAACCUUCUGAUUUAAUAAUUCCAAUACCUAAAGCUAAUCCCUGCAACCCUCCAACACAAAAAAGAAAAGCAUGCAAAAAUUGUUCAUGUGGUCUCAGACUGCAAGAAACAGAAGUGACGGAAAAAAUAAAUCAAAUGACAAUACAUUUACUAGAUAAAAACGAGCUAAAAGACGUUGAUUUUAAACAGCAAAAUAUGCCAAUUAGCAGCUGCGGAAAUUGCUAUCUUAGUGACGCUUUUCGAUGUAGCAGAUGCCCUUACUUUGGAAUGCCUGCUUUUAAACCAGGAAAGAAUGUCGAGCUACAACUAAACAGUUUGGAAUAA